CCAGAUCUCCCACCUCAUCUUGCUGCAGGCCGUGCCGCUGUGGGUGAACAGGUUACUUCCUGGCUUCGCUCUUUGACCCUGGACGGCUACUACCCACUACUACACCCUUGCGUGCUAAUACUAGCACCCCAAGUUCCGGGCGCGCGGGACAGGACAAGACGGUACCUAGCGGGCCAUUCUGCAGCUGACCACCCAGUCUCUCAUCAUGUCAAUAAAGUAAGUCUACAUCUGCUGUUCUUCAUCCUCUCGUGACCCUUUGGCAAGGCAACUCUACACCAUCUUCCCCAGGGCUCCCGUUCCGAGUGCCGUUGUCUCCUCUUUUUCUUCCUGUCAAUAUAUUUCAAUAUUGUCACAGAUACCACCUAACCCGGCCCCACCUCCCCGUCCCAUCCAAGUCAUCAUGGCCGACCAAUUCUUGGUCGAGGCGCACAGAUGGACGCUUGCUCAGCAUUCGAUUACUGACGAGAAAGAAAGUUGGGUCAUGUUGACCCGUGAUGGGCAGAUCCAGAAACUCCCUGGAGAGAAGAUUCUCCUCACCUCCAAGCCGCGAGUUGGCCUUGAGCUCUCGGUCCCGAAGGAGCUGCAGGUAGCAGAGCCUUUCUCUGUCAAGAGCGACAAUGGCAUUGUAUACAUAACCAACGAGAGGAUCAUUUACCUCCCAGCCAGGUCGACCGAGGCUUUUCGAUCUUUCUUCGCGCCUCCCUUAAACUUCAGCGAUGUCCGCAUUAACUCGUCCUGGAUCGGGCCUUGGAGCUGGACAUCUAUAGUCAGACCUAUUCCAAACGGGGGCGUACCGCCGGAGAUCCCCCGCAUCGAGUGCAAGUUGACAUUCAAGGAUGGCGGACACAGCGACUUCCAAGCAAAGUAUGAGUGGCUGAGGGACCGACUACUCCACGCCCAAAGCCUUGGACUGACCCCCGGGCAAAACCUCGAGCCUCCACCUCCGUACGAUGAUGCUCAAGCGUCUGGGCCUUCCUCGAGCACACCUGCGUCUGGACCGUCUGGGAACGUGACAAGCGAUCGGAACCAAGUGCCCCAGCCUGGCCCGGAUGAGCCACCUCCGGACUACACGGCAUAAAUGCCCGACUUUCUCGUCAAGAUUGCGUUCAAGAUGUGGUUUGGCCCGGGGACACAAAGUAACCGCCUCCAGCGCUGCCCCGAAAUAGGCAAACAUUCGAAUAUCUCC